AUGGAUGCUAUGAUGUAUAUAUUUCGGGAGAAUACAUCUUUAGGCCAACUGAAGUCAAAUCGUGUUGUCUUCAUGAAUUGUUUGUUUAGCAUGCAAAUCAAAAACGAAUAUUUGAAGUUUAGAGAAGGUAAAAAAGGCCACAAGUGGGAUUCUGUGAUCUUGGGUUAUGCAAACGGUGACUUGCCUUCUCAUGGAAAGACGAAGAAGAAAUGGGCAUUAGACUUCGACAGAGUUUACGCUCCUGUGAACAUCAAUAAUAAUCAAUGGAUAUCUUUGUGCAUUAAUUUUGGCCUAAGAACUGUUGAAGUAUUUGAUUGUUCUGGUCUAACUCACAGAAGUCAUGUGGAUCCAUUUGCAAUCCUCAUCCCUCGACUUGUGAAGGAAGUUCAGACCAAAAGCUAUGGUAAAUAUCUUCAUGUGUCUCAAUAUUCUAUCAUUUUUGCUUCAGUGCCACCAAAUCUUAAUAAGUCAUGCUGUGAUUGUGGAGUGUAUGCACUUAAAUACAUAGAGUGUCAUAUGCAUAAUCUGGAUAUGAGUUUGAUAAACGAUGACAACAUUAAAGAAGCUCGUACGAAGAUUGCAGUUGACUUGUGGGAAGCAGCAUCUGAUCUUGUGUUCAUUGAGCGAAUGGCGAAGUAUGAGCCUCCAUCUGUGUCGCCUCAUAUUGUAGACCUUAGUUAA